AACAAAAACUUCUGUUGACGAGCCCAAUGCCUCCGUCGCCGGCACCGUUCUUCCAUCGUCGGCUAACCUCCCGUCGCCCUCAAUCGUCGGAAAACAAGUAAGUUUAUUUUUUCCGGCCAGUUUUCCAGUUUUCCGGCAAGUUUUCCAGUUUUCCGGCGAAAAACAGGGCGGGCCGAAAAAAAUUUGCGGCCGGAGCGUCGGCCAGCCGAAAAAAAUUUUCGGCCGGUGCGACGGCCGGCCGAAAAAUUCUUUCGGCCCGGCGACGCCGUGGCCGCAAAUUUUUUUCGGCCGGUCGUCGACCUCGCCGCCCAAAAAAAUUCCGGCGGCGUGUUCGUCGGCCGGCCGAAAAAAUUUUGCGGCCGCGGCGUCGCCGGGCCGAAAGAAAUUUUCGGCCGGCCGUCGCACCGGCCGAAAAAAUCUUUCGGCCCGGCGACGCCACGGCCGCAAAUUUUUUUCGGCCGGCCGACGUUCCGGCCGCAAAUUUUUUUCGGCCCGACGUCGCACCGGCCGCAAAAUUCUUUCGGCCCGGCCAGUUUUUGUAUUUAAUAUAAUUUAAUACGAUAAUUAAUUAAUAAAUAAAUAAAUACUUAAUUGGUUAGUAGAAAUUAGCAAUUAGUGUUAAUAUUUAUUUCAGUUGGUUUAUAAAUGUUUUUUUUUAAUAGGCGUUUGAAUGUUUAAUUACUUAGAUUAGUUAAUGGAAUUUUAAUUAAUUAAGAAUGUUAAUAUUCAGCACAUUAAUUAAUAGAAAUUUAAUUUAAUUUCUUGCGGCCCGGCCAGUUUUUGUAUUUAAUUUAAUUUAAUACGAUAAUUAAUUAAUAAAUAAAUAAAUACUUAAUUGGUUAGUAGAAAUUAGAAAUUAGUGUUAAUAUUUAUUUCAGUUGGUUUAUAAAUGUUUUUUUUUUAAUAGGCGUUUGAAUGUUUAAUUACUUAGAUUAGUUAAUGGAAUUUUAAUUAAUUAAGAAUUGAUUAAUUAGUGCGCAUCUAAGUAUGAUAUUUUGUAAAUUUGUAGAUAAUUAGAUAUGGAUGAUGCGGGUCAUGCGGGUGGGGAUGAGUUGAAUAGAUUCAAUGGUAGGGUUGUUGAUGUAUCAGCACGAAGGAAGAAUAAGGAGAAUAAGCGCUCUCGAGAUAUUGGACAUCAGUCACAGGCAAAUUUAGGGGAGGAUGAGUUAGAGGCUCCUACUGUAGUUGCUCGUUCGGCAUCACGGGCGUCUGGUUCCCAUGGGAGGAACCAGGGUGCUGCAUCCAGAGUGGUCUCGGCUGAGUUUGAUGAGGACGAUAGUGAUGAGGAUAUCGAGGUCCCUCCACCUACGCGUGGACAUGGACGAGUGUCGUCUCGUACGGCAACAUCACGUCCUGCUUUGUAUAGGGACCGAGCUGGGCGCUUCGUACCACCUGCUCGUGAUGAGACAGAGAGCUCGGGGACUGGACGGAGUAGGGGAGGACGUUCGAGUGGUCCUCCACCGUGGGAGCUUGUUGGUGAGUGUCCUGGUGGACCUACGGAUCCUAGCCUCAUUAGGAGCUUUCGUGGACACGUUGCCUAUGCGCUUUGGACGGGGGCUGGAGAUCGAGGGGUCAUCAGUUGCUACAGCCGUACAUCGGCGGUUGCUUAUUUGAGUAGCUACGUGUUUAGUCAUGUUGAGGCGGAGAAUCUGGUUCAGCAGUCAGGUCUCCAGCACCUGAUGUACUCUAUGUUCCGCAAGAUAGCGAUUGACGAUGCUUUGAUCUCAGCUUUUGUGGAGAGGUGGCAGCCAGACACGAACACCUUCCACUUGCCUUUUGGAGAGAUGACGAUCCUCCUCCACGAUGUUCAGUACUUACUGCAGAUUCCUGUUGAGGGACGACUGAUGAGUAGGAGUUCUGCGCAGCUUGACCAUCCGGAGGCGGGUUUGUGUACGCUUCUUGGGAUGAACUGGGAGCAGUUGAGUGGUCGUACGGAGGUCCCUGGAUAUAAUAAUAGGGGUAAGUGGUACGAGAAGGGUGGUUUUCUUGCAGAGAUGGCGUCCAGAUACUUGCAGAGCCACGGGACACAUGUGACAGAGGCGCAGUCGUACUUGUUGUUGUUGUUGGGGUCCACUUUGUUUGUGGACAAGAGUAGAGACAGGGUUCGGUCGGUGGUGAACCUAUUUUUGGACGAGUUGGAGGAGUUAGAUCAGUAUAGUUGGGCGUCAGGUACACUUGCUUGGUUGUACAGAUACCUUGGUCAGGCGUCUCGUGCUGGUGCCAGGGGGAUGGCUGGUUGUCUCACACUUCUGCAGUGUUGGAUCUACGAGUACUUUCCGGGUUUCAGGCCAUCUCACUUCGAGCCUGCCGCCGUUGGACCUGAUGAUGCUUGGGCUUCACGAUGGAUUGGGCAGCCGGCACCUGGUUCUGUGGCGGAUCCCAGUGUGAGGUUGGCGUUCUACCGUCGAGCUCUUGACAGCUUGACCCCUUCUGAUGUGUUUUGGACACCUUUCCAUCAGAGGCCUCAUCAGGCAGUGUUUGACUACUUAUGUAUGUUUGGAUCGGAUGUUUAUGUUUAGACUGCAUGUUUAGGGUCAUUAAAGAUACAACUAGAAC